AUCACACCACCAGCCACCAGGGAGGAGAGGAGAGAUGAUGAUGCCGACGGCGGCGUCGCUGAUGGACGAUCUUGUCGAGGAGUUCCUCAUCCGCCUCCCGCCCGACGACCCCGCGAGCCUCGUCAACGCCUCCCUCGUCUGCAAGCGGUGGAGCCGCCUCAUCGCCGGCCGCGUCUUCCGCCGCAAGUUCCGCAAGAUCCACCGCGCCAAGCUGCUGCACAUGGCCCGGGGGCAGGUCUAUAGGCAGCGGCGGCGACGGCGGCAGCGGCAGUGAUGGAGCGGCCCGUCCGGUCCGACCGUCGAUUGGCUGCUUGCUCUGCAUCUUCUGGCUUCUGCAACCAGGAAGCUGACUGAACGCUCGCUAUUGCCAAUAAUUAAUUAGUACUAUUUUCUUCGUUUCUUUUUUUUAUUUGUCGUAUACGAACUAAAACAGAGUUAGUGAUAAUGAUAAUGAUAAUUUGUAGCAGUGCAAAGUGCCAAACCCCGUUGCCUUGCGUACCUUGUGGAUGUAUGUUAUAUAAUUUUUAUUUUUCUACGUAUCAUGUAUGCCACAUGAAUAAAUUCUA